AUGGCUAAUAUCAAGCAUCACGAAGUAUUCUCCGACAAGCUCUCCGACCUGGAGAUCACACACAUUGAACAUAAUCGAAGCGAUAGUGAACGCUCAGAUGAUACUGUGGCAUCUCAGCCAAAGUUCGUCGAGACUGGUGUUCCACUCAAUAGAAAUCAGUCGGCAGCCGCACUCGACAAAACCGACCCCAAAUUCCUCUGGCCCAGGAUUCGAUUGACAUUGCAAGAUGCCUUCUCCGAGUUUAUUGGAACGUUCAUCAUCUUGAUGUUCGGUGAUGGUGUCGUGGCUCAAGUCGUCCUAUCCAACGGCAAGAAGGGUGACUACCAGUCCAUCAGUUGGGGCUGGGGUAUCGGUGUCAUGUUGGGCGUGUAUGCUGGCGGCAAAAGUGGUGCUCAUCUCAACCCUGCGGUCACCUUCUCGAGUUGUGUUUUCCGAAAGUUCCCAUGGAAGAAGUUCCCGAUCUACGCGUUGGCUCAGACCCUUGGUGCUUUCUGUGCGGCCGGAGUUGUGUAUGGAAACUACAAGUCAGCCAUCGACGUGUUCGAGGGUGGCGCUGGUAUCAGAACAGUCAGCGGUCCCAACGCAACAGCAGGUAUCUUCUGCACAUAUCCCGCCGAAUUCAUGACGCGGACGGGCAUGUUCUUCUCAGAGUUCAUUGCUAGUGCUCUUCUUAUGUUCCUUAUUUUCGCUCUCAAAGAUGAUUCAAACCUUGGCUCAGGCAACCUCACACCGCUUGGACUCUUCUUCAUUAUCUUCGGUAUCGGAGCAUGCUGGGGCUGGGAGACAGGCUACGCUAUCAAUCUUGCCAGAGAUUUCGGACCUCGUCUCAUGUCGUAUUUCCUCGGAUACGGUCAUGAGGUCUGGUCGGCCGGAGGAUAUUACUUCUGGAUUCCAAUGGUAUCGCCAUUCUUCGGCUGCACCUUCGGUGGCUUCUUAUACGACCUUCUUAUGUUUACAGGAGAAAGUCCGAUCAACGAGGAGUGGAUGGGUAUUCCUGGAGCAUACAAACGCCUGAUGUCGUUUGGAAAGUCGAAAAAGGAGAAGGCCGAAUCCAGUAUCGUCUGA